ACGUGGCAACCUGAGCCUGUUCCCAGGCUCAAUUCACAGGAGCCCAUGUUCAGUGGUUAUUUAAUAGCUUUGAAAUGCCAUUCACCUGUGGCCCAUUUCAAGUUUCCCAUGAUUCUUAGGAAGACCCUGGCCUCCAUCUUGAAAACGGAAAAUAAAAACAGCAGACCUCUGAAGGUCGAAGGGGAAGAAAAGCUGUAUCGAUUGUUGAGAUCUGGCGACUUGUUUAAAUUUCAUCAGCCUCACUUCUAUGAACUCUCAGGCCUCACGUGUACCAGCACUCUGCUCUCCUUUGCCUUGGGACGUUCCAUCCCUGGAAGUUUCCCUGCCCACAUCUUUGUAGAGAGUCCAUUCUCCAAGCUUCAGUGUGUCAUCUGUGAGGACUGUGACCUACCUGGUACAUCGCCUCAGGGCAUUCAUUUCAGGCUCCUUCUAAAUGGUCAAGGAUCUUGGAAGCAGAGGGGUCUGCAGAAGUGCUUGCAACACUUUCAGCCUCAACCAACAUCAGAGACAAAAAUCCUUUCUGGAAUGAGCGCCCAUCGCUAGUUGCUUCCUGGAGGAAUUUCCCAAAAUAAAAGUGCCUAUCCACAAAUCCGUCUCCUGAGGCUGCUUUUUUGGAGAAUUCAAGUUAAGGAAGAUUUCUAUUGGAUCAAUAUAUGUACAUGAAGUUCACUUUACUCUUCAUUUCCAGUGAAAAUGCUUUGGCAAUUUUGAGUACAAUUUAAAUAUUUUCUUCAUUAUUUUGCAAUUCAGUUUUAGACAUGCUUUAUCUUUAUUCUGUUAUAAAACUUUAAGACUUCCAACUCUUAUAUACCACCUCAGAUAUCUUCUAGCUUUUAUACCAGACAGAUGAUAAUCUGUAAAUAAAUAUUUAAAUGUACUAGAAAUUCAGUUAUUAAAGGACUAUUAUGAAGAUGUAAUCCUUUUGCUGGUAAAAGCAAACUUACUUACUGGCUAGUAUAUGUAUUUUCAUGUAUUUUAACUCAGAUUUUAUUUGUGUUAUUUCAGGUUUGUAUGGAUUUUAAUCCCUAUUGCUGGUGCACUUCACUUGGGCUUGGAAACUUUUUUCCCAUUUUCGUAGUAAUGAUCCAUAAAUACUUUGAAUAGUAUGUACACAUAGAUAUUUCUCUUUUUAUUGGGAAAAAAGAAAGUAUUUUUCUUGCUGUUCCUGCAACUCAUUAAUCACAAUGCUAUAUAUGCUAUUAAUUAUGCUUAAAUGUAGUUUGCUUGUAUAAUUUGUGAACCUCCAAUAACUCAAGACUUUCAAAUUAUUUGUCUUCCAUGUUGACAUUUUGAUUACUAAAACAUUCCUAAAGCUAGAAGGAGGACUAAUAACGUAGGAUUAAAACUGUGAAUCACCUUUUGAUUAAACACUCAGCAAUCUUUGUUGCUAAAUCUUCACUCAGAGACUAACUGUAAGUCUCAUUUGAACUUAUAGAUGUUAAUUCCAUAUUGAUCACCAUAGCCUGGUAGAUGCAAUGCAUAUUCGCUCAGCUCAUAGUUUUAAUUUAAAGUGGAUAUUGAUGCUUUGUAAUGAGAACAGUGGUCUCUAAUCAUGCAGCUUCAAUAAAUAAAGCUGAGGGAACAGUGGGCAGCAUUGGUGACAGUGGCAUUUGGUGACAAUCUGUUCUAAAUGUUGAAUGUAACAUAUCUCUUGAGUUCACAUAUUCACUCAACUCCAUCUCUACUGAGGUAACCUAGACUUCCGUUUAUAUAGUCUUGAUAGUGGUAAUAAUAUAUGUGUAAAUAUAAAGAUGUUUAUUUUGUAAAAUAACUCACACAUCUCAUCUAAUUUGACUUGAAAAAUUAUCUUUUGAUGUGUAUGAAACAGUUAUAGAUAUUUCCAUUUAGCAUCAGAUAAAUUGUGUUACUGGUGACCAAAUUACAAUAACUAACAAAUGGGGAAUGCAGAAACCAGGUGCUCUGGUUCCUGGCCCAGCGAUAUUCUAGAUUUCCACUGUUCUCUGCUUUAUGUUCUCACUACGCAUUAUCUCCUCAACUAGUGUCUUCCAUACACAAACUCACUCUCUCUCUCACAUUCUUCCCUCCUCCACCUGUUUCAAUAAAUAGUGAGAUACACACUGGGAACUAGAACAGCUGAAUCUUUUGUAGUUUUAGUCAACCUGAGUUUUGGAUAUAAUCUUGCUGUGAUGGUUAAUUUUAUGUGUCAGCUUGGUGAGGCUGUAGGACCCAGUUAUUUAAUCAAACGUGGAGUGAGGCAUUGUCAGAUCAUGGGGAACAUCUAUAAUCAGUCAACUUUAAGUAAAGGAGACUACCGUGCAUAACAUGGUUGGGUCUCAUCCAAUCAUCUGAAGGCCCUAAAAAACCAAACACCACAUGUUCUCACUCAUAGGUAGGAAUUGAACAAUGAGAACACAUGGACACAGGAAGGGGAACAUCACACACCGGGGCCUGUUGUGGGGUGGGGGGAGGUGGGGAGGGAUAGCAUUAGGAGAUAUACCUAAUGCUAAAUGACAAGUUAAUAGGUGCAGCACAUCAACAUGGCACAUGUAUACAUAUGUAACAAACCUGCACAUUGUGCAUGUGUACCCUAAAACUUAAAGUAUAAUAUUAAAUAAAAAAGAGCAAAAACUGAAGUUUUCCAAAGAAGAAGACAUUCUGCCGCAAGACAGUAACAGCAACUUGUGCCUGACUUUCCAGCCUGUCAGCCUGCCCUAUGGCUUUCAGACUUGCCGGCCUGCCAGCCUCUGCAAUCCUGUGAGCCAAUUCCUUAAAAUAAAGCUCCUGAUAUAACGUAGGGUAUAUAUAUCCUAUUGGUUCUGUUUCCCUGGAGAACUCUGACUGAUGCACUUGCCUUACGUUUUCUGAGAAUAUCAAUAUAAUACAAUUUGUACACCACUGACAUUGUUAUGUUCCUUAAAGGAUCUCUGUACAUCUGCUCUUGCCCCUUUCUACUGUCCUUACUCCUUGCCAAAAUUUCAAUUUUCAAUUGUAGUUUUGAUACUAUAAAUUCUCUUCAUUUCUUGCAUCCUGUCUUAGCAAUAUUUUCUGUCUUGAAAGUCUUUCUAUUUUCUCUAUUUUAUCUCUAAAUUAGUGAGCAUGAUCUUAAUGGAUAGAACAAAAAAAAAACUGCCAUCAACCGACUCCCUUCAAUCUUCCUAUUAAUAAACUAAGUAGCACUUUACUUUAUACUCAAAAUAUCUUACAUUAGUCACACACACAUACACACACACACAAAUACACAUAAAUGCACAUACACACUGAAUUCUAAGGAAUAUAUCUUAUUUUUUCAAUUGUAUAGUGCAACCUAUUUAUAGUUUCACAGCAGAAGGCUGAGGAGCAAGGAAUCACCUACUAUAAACUCAAUCACAAAUACUGAUGUUCAUAAUUAGGGUUUGAAUACUUUGAUACUUAUGGCAUUUGCCUGCUAGUAAUGAGGUAGUGAGGCAUUUUGGUUGCCUACUGGAAUUCUCCUGGAUAUUCUACAUAGAACUGAAAUUAAACCUGGUCAAAAUUAACUCCCAACUUCUUUUUCCAAACUCUUUUUCUCUUUUAUUGUAUUCCCCAUUGGGUUAUUGGUAAUAUCAUCCACUGUUUUCAGUGACUCUUGAUUGUACAUUUUUCUUCACUAUAUGUCUCCAAUGGGACCCCAAAUUCUGCUAAUUCCAUUCCCUGCUAAAUGCACCAUGAUCUGUUCAGCUUCUAUAACUUUUCACACUGAUUCAUUCAUUUAAUAAAUGUUUAUUGAACGUGUAAUUUAUGUCAGGCAUGGUUGUAGGUGCCCACGAUACAUUAGGGAAUAAGGCAAGGAAGUGUACCUUUGUGGAGUUUACGUGUCAAAAGGGUAAGACAGACAAUUGACAGUUAAUAUAAUUAAUUAAUUAUGUAUGAUAGAAGAUUUUUUUUUUCAUUAAAGAAAACAGAACAGGGCAGACACCCUGUGAACUGGCUGACUCAAUAUGUAUUUAAUAAA